GAAAAAAGACCCAAACCUCUGAAACAUUGACCAUCCCUACGCCGACUAAUUUGGUUUCCAGUUUCUGGCUUAGUGCCAACGCCAGUCUGUUUUUACCAAGUCCCGAAGCACAAUCUUUUUUCUUUCAUUCAUCGUCUUGGAUUGCCCAAUUUCUCCCUAUCAAACUGCUUAAUUCAUCUUUAAAUCACCCGUAUUUAUUUACUUUCAUCAGUUAACCCCUUUAUUUAUUUUUGUUUUGAUUUAUAAUACUUAAUUCAAUUUAGGAAGGUUCCAAAUUAGAUUGAUCGAUUAGGUUCUCAGUUCAAUUACAGAAUGGGAUCAAGUGGGGCGACGGUGGUGAUGCGUGCUAAGUAUAAAACUACUCCUAAAGGUGCUGGAGUUCCUGGGGUUUUGAAGAUGACUGUGGAUGAAUUUUUAUUUGCCCCUCAUGAUCCCUCUUCUGGAACUAAGCUUCGAGUUCCUUUCCAUUCCAUUAAAGCACAUAGAUUCACCAAAGAAGGAGCAUCUAAACAAAUCUUACUUAAUUUGCUGAAGAAGGGUGAAGGAGGAUAUAUCUUUGAAUUUGACAACUUCAAGGAUAGAGAUAUUUGUCGGGAUUUUGCAGGCAAGGUAAUUGAGAAGCCCCCUGAAACCCCCAAGGAGAACCCCUCAAAUGUUUCUAAAAAGGAUUUUGAAGAACCUGCUCUUCUAAGUACAGCGGAGAUGGAGCGACGAAUAAAGCUUUUGCAAGAAGAUAGUGAGCUGGGAAAGCUUCAUAAACAGUUGGUUUUUGGCCGAAUCUUGACCGAGGAUGAAUUUUGGGCAACUAGAAAGAAAUUAUUAGAUGGCGGAAAUAAUAGAUCCAUGACUCAACGAGUUGGAUUUAAAAGUGCUAUGAUUUCAGGCAUCAAGCCACUUACUGACGGCCGGACAAAUAAAGUUACAUUUAGCCUGACUCCAGAAAUCAUACAUCAGAUUUUUGCUGAGAAACCAGCGGUUCAUCAGGCUUUUCUGAAUUAUGUGCCAAAGAAGAUGUCAGAGAAAGACUUUUGGACCAAAUACUGUAGAGCAGAAUAUCUUCACAGCACCAAGAAUGCGAUUGCUGCUGCUGCAGAGGCUGCUGAAGAUGAGGAGCUUGCUGUGUUCUUAAAGCAGGAUGAUAUACUAGCAAAUGAAGCUCGUAGAAAGAUUAGAAAGGUUGACCCUACCUUAGACAUGGAAGCUGAUCUUGGGGAUGAUUACACGCACCUUCCGGAUCAUGGUAUCCCUCGUGAUGGAAAUAAGGAAGUCUCUGAGUCCCAGACGCAAUAUGACCAAUACAAGAGAAAUCUUUUGCAAGAUCUUAAUCGGCAUGCUGCUGUAGUCCUCGAGGGAAGGACUCUAGAUGUGGAGAUAGGGGACACUCGGACCGUUGCAUUGGCACUUGCCAAGUCAAAGCAAGUGGAAUUGACUAAUGAUGCAUCUGAGAUGAACAAUAACGUGGAGCGGUUGAAUAGAGUCUCUAGGAUGACGGAGAUUGAGGAUCUGCAAGCUCCUCGUGAGCCCUCUGUUGCGCCACUUUGCAUAAAGGAUCCUAGAGAUUAUUUCUACUCACAACAAGCCAAUGCGUUGAAAACUCUAGGAGACAGUACAGUUAGAUCUGUAAAUUGUCAUGUUAGUUCCCAGGAAGCUUAUAGUUGUAUGAGGCAAUCCAUCUUGAAUAUUAAGUCUGUGGGACUUAAAUCAUCCAUCAUCAAAGCUGAAGUUGCUUUUAAGGUUCUGAACAGUUUGACGCAUAAUAUAUCUAGUACGAAGUAUAAUCUUGGGACAAGUAAUCGGGAAACUGUUUUGGAUAGAUUGCCCAGCAGGACGAAGGAAAAUUUGUUAAAUCAUUGGACAUCUAUUCAGGAGUUGCUAAAGCACUUCUGGUCAUCAUAUCCGAUUACUACACAACAUCUUUCUAUAAAGAUUAAUAGACUGAAAGAUGCAAUGGCUCAGAUAUAUCCACAACUACAGGAAAUCAAAGAGUCUGUGCAGUCAGAUCUCAGACAUCAAGUCUCCCUCCUGGUUCAGCCAAUGGUCCAGGCUUUGGAUGCUGCAUUCGCACAUUAUGAUGCAGACUUACAAAAGAGAAUGGCAAAGAGUGCAUUAAAGCCGAAUGGAAUUGUUUAACGAUUUAUCGUUCUUCCAUUGUUUCUGUUUACAACAUUCUUUUCAGCAAGUUUCUUCAACAAUUUUGGUGGGGCAACCGCAACAAUAUGUAGAUACUUGGUUUGCUUUGGCAUUCCUGUAUACAAGAAAUUUCUGAUUGUGAGAUCAAUAGUCUAUAUGGUUAAGAGAAAAAAUUUUGUGCAAGAAAAAGAAGUUGGAUGUUCUUCAACUGAACCUGUUACAACGGAAAAAUCCUCUCAAUUUGCAAGAAUUGUACGAGUUUGAUUGUUUUUUAUUUCACUUUGUUGGUGUUGCUCUUUAUGCAAUAUUUUCAAUGAUAAUAUUGAGCAGGAAAUUUUCGAUGAAGUAAAGUGCAAUAUUGUUUGAUUCGGCCUAGGUGAGUAUUAGAUUAGUAAGUUUGUAUUUCUUUGUCCUCUAAUAUUGCUACAAAUGCAAAGGAGUAUUGUACUAAAAGUUGAUUGGGUGAGUUCAGAAAAAGAAA